GUAUCAUAUAUCAAAAGAUCCACCCAUCUUUCAAUUUCAAUUCGUGUUCGUCAGCUUCAUAGCCAUUGAUCUCUUAGAAACUCAAGAAAAGAAUAUAACCCGAAGAUUCCAAGACCCGUAAAUGGGAAAUGCACUAACAUUCUUGUGCGGCCACUGCUGCCGGCCCUCGCCGGAGUCAGAUUCCAUCGGCCACCACGGCGUCACCGCCGCAACCGUAGGUGUUUCGGCUCUGGCCCACGAUCUCUACAACUUUGAAAUCACCAACCAGGUUCCUCAAGAACUCAGCAAGCAUGUUGUCUCGUCCAGAAAAGCUCAGGCCAACUGGUACAAGAAACUCUCCGAGGCGUGGAGAGAAACGAAACCGCCCCCUAAAACUCCGGAAGAAGCUUCAAGGCUUGUGAUUCAGACAUUGAAGAGACAUCAGAAGGCAGAUGUUGAGGGGCUAUUGGCUUUUUACGGUCUUCCUCUACCUCAUGCUUUGGUCGAACUCACUAAUGGGACUCCUCCAUCACAACCGCAAGGACUGAGAUUUGAAUUGCAUACUCUACCGGUGGAUGCAAAAGCUGUAGCAGACGGAGAUACAAUAAAUGUAUACAUAAGCACUAGGGAUCCUAGGGAGUCAUCAAAUGUUCCAAGAGAAGUUCAAGUUGCAGCUGUUGAGAGAUCCAAAGCUCGUGCUCAGAAGAAUUACAAUAAGGCAGAUGAACUUCACAGACAAAUCAUUGAUGCAGGAUACAGGGUCUUAACAGUUCAAAAUGAGGAGAUUCUUGCACGAAAAUAUCGAAUAAGAUUGAGGGGAAUUGAUGCACCAGAGAGCAAAAUGCCAUUCGGGCAGAAAGCCAAGGAAGAGUUGACUAAAAUUGUUCAGGACAAGUGUCUUAAAAUUCAGGUGUUUGAUGAAGAUCGUUACGGCCGAUGUGUAGGAGAUGUAUAUUGCAACGGCAUAUUUGUACAGGAAUCAAUGCUUAAGAAGGGGCUAGCAUGGCAUUAUAAAGCCUAUGACAAACGGCCCGAGUUGGAUAAGUGGGAGAAAGAGGCCCGAGCAAAGCGGGUCGGAUUAUGGUCAUCAUCAAACCCUGAGAUGCCAUGGGAAUGGAGAAAGGACAGACGUGAAGGCAGAUAAUCUGGACAGACAUGGUAAUCUGAAGUGGCUGUCUGCAGACAGGAACAUGACAAUUUGGUAAUGGUACUAAAGAAAAUGGAAUUAUUGACAAGGAUUCAGGUGUUUGAUCUCAAGUUUAUCUAUAAGCUUACAGAUUGUAAACUUUAUCUAUCUCCGGUGUUGAUCUGAACGGAUCUACUAAUUCUUUCAUUCCUGUUGAACAACCUAAUCCCUGACAAUUGAGGAAGAAAGCUUCUUGACUAAUCAUCCCACCUUUACAUCUUAAGGUUGUUCCUCUCCUCUCCUUUUAUUCAACGCAGUAAGAAACUAAUUUUUUUUCCACUAUCAUGGUCUCUACUCCUUUAUAUAUCAGGCAUGGAAAACCAUUGCCAUUAACUAUUAAAAAACAAGAAAGAAACAAUUACAAUUUGCAGAAGCAUGAGCAAAGCCAAGGGGAAAAAGGAACAUUUCCCUUCUCUUUCCACCCCCUUUUUGGUAUUCAGAAACAUACGCCCAAAGAACUGUGUAUAUAAACAACUCUUCAACAUAAAUCAACAAAGACAAACAAGAACACUUCGGAAGUGAAGUGCCUGGGAGAGAAAAUUCAGAAAAUGACU